AUGGCCGAAACAGGACCUCGAAAAGUCGUCAUUGUGGGCGGAGGAGUUGCAGGAAUCUCUCUGGCACACUAUCUGCUACGACACACUCUGCCAGCUUUGACUGAACGUCUUGGGGAAUCAUACCAUCUCACCCUGGUUUCACCGUCAUCGCACUUCUACUGGAAAGUGGCCGCGCCACGAGCCUUGGUGGACACGAACCAAGCCCCCACACCCUUUGAUGCAAUCGCAGAUGGAUUCCAGGAGUAUCCCGCAUCACGAUUUACCUUUCUCCAGGCAGAGGCAACUCACCUCAAUGAGAAGGCUCGAAUUCUUCAUGUUCGAUCGCCGAAGACCAACGAGAUCGUCCCAGUGGAAUAUCUUUCCCUUGUCAUUACGACGGGAACGACCUCUCACAGUCCCUUGUUCUCCCUAACAGGCCCGCACACCCAGACCCAGCACGCGCUCGGACAGAUGCAGAAUCGCUUACGCGACGCUGAAUCGAUCCUGGUGGCGGGUGGAGGGCCGACGGGCGUUGAAACGGCAGGGGAGCUCGGGGCGAUGAGCGAUUACUGGCCCGGCCCAAAGAAAUCCAUCACCCUGCUAUCGGGGAAUGAUCGCCUGCUUUCCCAUGCCAGCCCCGGAAGCUCUGCGACAGCCGAGCACAUGCUUGCGCAAUUGGGGGUCACAGUCAACCAUGCAGUUCGCGUCACAUCAGCAGUACAGCAGGAGGGUCAAUCCUCUUGGGAGAUAACGCUAAGCGAUUACUCCACCCGAGCAGUUGAUGUCUACAUUGAUGCGACGGGCAGCAUCCCCAAUACUGCAUUCUUGCCGUCGGCGUGGCUCGAUGCCAAGGGCUACGUCAAGACCGACAGGUUUAGCCUACGUGUCGAAGACACAGUGGGGUCUACUCCUUGGGAUCAGUUACUUCUUUCACUAAUGGGAGCUUCUUCGACGCCAUCGAGCCCGUUCGGCCCCUCGCUGAUAGUUUAA